AUGAGGAUUAUUAGACACUGGUUCCAAAUAUCAGGGAAGCUGCCCCCCAGGAGUACUGUGUUGAAGCAUUCUGGGAAGCUGCCUCUCAGGAGUACUGUGUUGAAGCAUUCAGGGAAGCUGCCUCUCAGGAGAACUGUGUUGAAGCAUUCAGGGAAGCUGCCUCUCAGGAGUACUGUGUUGAAGCAUUCAGGGAAGCUGCCUCUCAGGAGUACUGUGUUGAAGCAUUCAGGGAAGCUGCCUCUCAGGAGUACUGUGUUGAAGCAUUCAGGGAAGCUGCCUCUCAGGAGUACUGUGUUGAAGAAUUCAGGGAAGCUGCCUCUCAGGAGUACUGUGUUGAAGCAUUCAGGGAAGCUGCCUCCCAGGAGCUGUGAGUUCAGCCUGUGUAAUGUGGUAGUCGGUCUUCUGAUUGUAUUAUACCAUAUUCUCCCUCCCUCCCCUCUCAGGGCUCUGAAUGAAAUGUGGAAGUGUCAGAACAUGUUGAGAGGUUUGGUCAGAGAACUGCUGGACCUCCACAAACUACCUGCCUCUGAAGCCAACACCACUGCCAUGUUUGGAAAGCUGAUGACCAUUAGCAAGAACCUCCCGGAUGCUGGCAAGGCCCAGGACUUCAUGAAGAGGUUUAAUCAGGUGUUAGAGGAUGAGAAGCUCCGAGUCCAGCUGGAUACUCUCAUCAGCCCCGUCUGCUCCUGCAAACAGGCUGAGCUCUGUGUGAGGGAGAUUACUCGUAAACUGACGUUCCCUAAGCAGCCCACCAACCCCUUCCUGGAGAUGGUUAAGUUCCUGUUAGAACGGAUCGCUCCCGUCCACAUCGACUCCGAGGCCAUCAGUGCUCUGGUCAAGCUGCUGAAUAAGUCUAUUGAGGGAACAGCUGAUGAUGAUGAUGAAGGUGUCACACCAGAUACUGCCAUCCGCUCUGGACUGGAACUACUGAAGGUUCUGUCGCUCACCCACCCCACAGCGUUCCACUCUGCCGAGACCUAUGAGUCUCUGCUCCAGUGUCUGAAGAUGGAGGAUGACAAGGUGGCUGAAGCUGCCAUACAGAUCUUCAGGAACACGGGACAGAAAAUAGAGACGGAACUACAGCAGAUACGAUCUACCCUGAUUCCAGUCCUCCAUCAGAAGGCUAAGCGUGGAACCCCCCACCAGGCUAAACAGGCUGUUCACUGUAUCCAUGCUAUCUUCUGUAACAAGGAGGUCCAGCUGGCGCAGAUCUUUGAGCCUCUCUCUCGUAGUCUCAAUGCUGACGUCCCAGAACAGUUGAUAACCCCGCUGGUCAGCCUGGGUCAUAUCUCCCUGCUGGCUCCAGAUCAGUUUGCCUCCCCCAUGAAGGCCAUCGUGGCCAACUUCAUCGUCAAGGACCUGCUCAUGAACGACAGGUCUGUAGGGAACAAGAAUGGGAAGCUGUGGACAUCUGAUGAGGAAGUCUCUCCUGAGGUGCUGGCUAAGGUGCAGGCCAUUAAGCUGUUGGUGCGUUGGCUCCUGGGCAUGAAGAACAACCAGUCUAAAUCAGCCAACUCCACCCUCCGACUGCUGUCAGCCAUGCUGGUCUCCGAGGGAGACCUCACAGAACAGAAGAAGAUCAGCAAGUCAGACAUGUCUCGUCUGCGUCUGGCAGCAGGAGGCGCCAUCAUGAAGCUGGCCCAGGAACCAGUUUACCAUGACAUCAUCACACCAGAACAGUUCCAGCUCUGUGGACUGGUCAUCAACGAUGAGUGUUAUCAGGUCCGUCAGAUAUUUGCCCAGAAGUUACACCUGGCCCUGGUGAAGUUGGUCCUUCCACUGGAGUACCUGGCGGUGUUCUCUCUGUGUGCUAAAGACCCCGUCAAGGAGAGGAGGGCCCACGCCAGGCAGUGUCUGCUCAAGAACAUCAGCAUCAGACGAGAGUACAUCAAGAACAACCCCCUGGCCCACGAUAAGAUGCUGUCUCUCCUACCAGAGUAUGUGGUUCCUUAUAUGAUCCACCUGCUGGCUCAUGACCCGGACUUCACCAAGCCACAGGACUUUGAACAGCUCCGAGACCUCAAGGAGUGUCUGUGGUUCAUGCUGGAGGUGUUGAUGGUACAGAAUGAGAAUAACAGCCAUGCCUUCCUGAGGAAAAUGGUGGAGAACAUCAAACAGACCAAGGACGCACAGUGUCCUGACGACCCUAAGGCCAACGAGAAGCUGUAUAUCGUGUGUGACGUGGCGUUGUUUGUGAUCGUUAACAAGUCGACCGCCUGUCACCUGGACUCUCCCAAAGACCCCGUCCUGCCCACCAAAUUCUACACCCCGCCUGACAAGGACUUCAUCAACGAUAAGGAGUAUUUGUCCUCAGAGGUCAGAACGGUGCUGCUCACAGGAAAGCCAAAGCCGUCUCCUGUCCUGUCUACAGUGAAUAAGGCUCUGACGGUGCCAGGCAGGAGGGUCUACAUCAAGACUGCCGGCUCAGACACCACCAGCAACACUAGUACCAACUCACAACCCAGCUCUCCUGCUACAAAGACCAGGGAUGUUGUGAUGGAGUCGUCAGAGAGCGGAGCGAGAGAGAAUGAAGAGAACCCUGUUAUCACCAAGACGGACGACGGGAAGAAGGAGGACACAGCGACCUCUGACCUCACCACAGGAGCGUCUCCCGUCCCCAAACCUCGCCGCGGACGCCCCCCCAAGGUCACACCCUCCCCUCUGGCCAAUGAGAAGGAAGGAGGGGCAGGCAAAGGCAGGAAGAGGGCGGCACCAGCCCAGGACUCCGCCCCCUCGGGGGAGCCAAACUCCAUCAAGAUGCCUAAAGCUGAGGAUGUGACACAGAUACUAGACCUGCAGAGGUAAAGCGAAAAUCACUGCAGCCCAGAUCAAGACUGUAGAGAAACACUCUCUCCUCUCUAACCCUGUAAAGCUCUUCUGGUCUCCCUCCCUCCCUCCCUCCCUCCC